AGGCGUCACACGUUGGUGGCUGGCUGGGCCGGGUAGUGGUGGGGUUGCAUGAGAGCCACUGACUCAGAUACCCAAGCAACAAGUGUGCGGUCGGACGGACGGGAGAGGUAGUGCCGCUGCCCCUCUGUUCUGUUCCCCCCCUUAGUCAUCGUAUAGCUGGGACAGUUAUACUGGACAUUAUUACAUCAAUACUCGAACGUGGGUGUUAGUGAGAACGUAUUAUGGUGACAUUGAGAUACAGAGGUGGUAGUGCGAGUAUGGCCAUCGACGCCAGCGGUGUGUGGCCGACGCAGAGUGCUCGACGCGGGGCCCUCGCCACCUACAAGUUCCGUGUGCGUGAGGAACGCAAGCGGGUGAUUCGCCUCUCCAACGAAAAAUAUCGCACCAUUGAUGACCACGAAAGCGGCCUUCGUAGAUUCGUACUCAUCAAGAACACGUUGAGACGACUUCAGCGUGAGGCUAGAGAGGAGAAGCUGGCGCGACACCGCGCUGGCAGCACCAAUGUGUCUCCUUCCUACUUGUCUGCCUCGCGACCCCGAUCUCCUUCCCCUCCGUGCGACAUGCAGGUCUCAGACGUAAUGAGUGUGUACGGCCAACCCGCCCCCACGCCCCUCUCCGCUCUGGACGAGGAUGACCCAGCGCCCCCGGCCAAGAAGCCGAAGCUUUUCCUUGAUGAUGACAAAGAGAACUCUAGGAAGACUUGUGAAACAAGGUUGCAGUGCGAGAUUGACCAGAAGGAGGACAGUCGUUUAGUUGUGGACGAUACGCAAGAAAUUUUACGAGACUUGUACGAAACGUUCACAACAGACUCUUUGACGCAGCCCCGUCCUGGUACACCCACGCCGCCCCGCCCAGACACGCCUUACUCGUCUCCCUAUUCUUGCACCUUACCUACGUCCACCUCGCCUUCCUCUACUGCCAGUAAUGCCACCACCACAACCACCACCAUCGUGAGUAGCAACACCACCACCGCGAACUAUAGCAGCAGUGGUAACUCUGGGAGUAGCUAUUAUGAUUGGUCCAGGCCACAGCAGCAACAGUACGCCUGUGGUCAUGCCUCGCUCUUGGGGAAUGAUCUUCAGUCUGUAGUUUUUCAUAGCCUAAUUGCCUCCUUGGAGUCGUAACGCGCGUGUGAUGCUGUUGGCAAACUCCAGCAGCAGCAGAAACAGCAGCAGCGGCAGUAGUGACUAGCGUUGACUGCAGUGCCAUGCCAAAGAGGUGCAAUCACUGUGCUGGGCGGCCCCCGGACUUGUGUGUGAUUCAUCAAGUGUUAUCAGCUGUGAUCUUACCAUUAUUACACGGACCCCUGACUCGUGCAGUGCCUGAGUGAUGUGAUGGAGCAGGCGGGGCCCAGGAGCCUACGUCUAGCUACGCGGUGGUGAGAGGUAGGGCGAACAGACCCUCGGUGCUAGGUGACCCGAUGGUGGGGGUGUCAGAGACUGCAUCCUCACUGAUAAGUUGUGCUUAUUACCAGACGAGAAAGGGAGUGCCGUGGACUUUAAUGUAUAACAUGCGUUCAUCAUUCACUUUCAUUCAUCAUCAUCAUCACAAGAUUUGCAUAUUACAUUUUCAUCCUCGCCACAAUUCUUGCUUAUGGCAACAUGUCUUUGUUUCGGAUUUCUGUCACCACAAAAUAAUGCUUAAGUGAUAAUACAUUUAGUUGGUGAAGGUCAUUUCCGGCUAAUUUGAUACGUGGCAGUUGACGAGGGCAUUGUGUAACGAAGCUCUCCCGUGGGUCAACGGAAAAGUUCGGAAAUGUCCCUAAACGGCCACAACCGCUCCAGAGGAAGUACAUGCGUAAGUGUUCUGGUUAUAUACGCCUUGGUCUUCAACGUUUGGUGGGGGCGAUACUUUCCUAUCCUGCAUUCCCAGUGGCUUCAUAUAUCCAUUUCAUAUUUUCUGGCGUUAAUACGAUCACGCAAAGAGCAGUGAAGUCAACACUCGUGAAAUUUGGUGAUCACGAAGCCUAUUCAGCUGGCAGCUAAGUUGGGAAAGAGAUUAUAAGGUAUGACAUGGAAGUAACCCCGGGCGAGCUGGAACCAGUAUGUGCUUCCUGGGGAUGUGACCUCAAGUAUUAGUUGUGUAGACUUAACUGGCAUUUUGUUGUCUAGUCUUUAUUUGUCCAAAGUUCUCAACUUUUUUUUUUCUUGGUAGGGUUCUGCAGACUUGUUACUAUUAAAACGGUAAUUGGUGACAGUCAAAAGAUUGGCUCGACACUUGCGGAGCGAAAAA